AUGUCAGAGGAACUUGUUUUGAAAUUUAAUGGCAGUGACUACAUUGAUUAUGUUAUUAAGGAGAAAUUUAAGAGAGACUACCUAAUGAAAGAGAUUUUGGAUGAAAAUUUGGGAUUAAACAGAGACCAACAAACGAUUAACAUCAAGUUCAAGACCAAACAUGAUGGUGUGCUGAUGUUUAUCCGUGGACAGAGAGCAUAUAUUAUGCUGAAGAUAAAAGACAAGAAGCCUGUCUACAUUUUUGAAGAUGCACUUUUGGGACACCUGUCAGACUUCUCUGUGGACCGUCCUGUGGCUGAUGGAGUUUGGCAUCUCCUCUCCUUGUUCAGCAGGGGACAGAACACUUUCCUCUCUGUGGAUGGUAAACCAGUUUUGAACAUCACUGGCCAAAGUAUGGAUCUCACUCCACUUAGCGUAGAAAAGAUCACUCUUGGUGCUGCUCCCACAAGAGAAACAGUCAAUCAAUCAGGGUUCAGUGGAUGUGUGCAGUAUUUCAAUGUGACAGGUUACUCUCUGCCUGUCAGCGGACACAGCAUAAUGGUGGAUGUCAGGCCAAGCUCUACUCUCACCCAGACCAACUGCAGCUUUCCGCAUUUUUGCCUCGCUUCAGGAUGCUCUGAGAAGGAUGGUCCCAGCAGGACUUGUCUCUCACACUGUCAAAAUCACUGGACAUGUGAACCUGGUGUGCAGAACAACUCCUGCAUCUGUUUACACAAUGUUACUGACCAUUUCUGUGAUAUAUGCAUCUCCACAAAGGAUAGCCAUGAUCACUGCUCUGAAAUGCAAGGCAACCUGCCACUGUGGCUCAUUGCUUUGGUUCUUCCUCUCAUUGCCAUUCUGGUGAUUGCAGUAAUGUGUGUUGGCCUUUACAAAGUAAGACAUUCUCAUUCAAGAUGUCAGAGUGCGAGCUUACCAGUGAAAACAGAGCAUGGGGCAGACAACAAAGCAUUUUCGUUUGAUGACAAACGAAAAUGCACAAUGCCCACAGAAGCUCUGUCACCAGAAAAAGGGAACAGACCUGACCUCAUGAGUACCAAUCAGUCAAAGUCAAGUGCAGAGAUAUACUGUGAUAACAGUCUGUCAAAUGUUCAGCCAUUACCAAAGAGUGAGGUUGAGUAUUAUGAAAUCGGCAGCAUCUGUAGUGCAUUUCAUUCAGAUGAUACCUCACUGAAACUCAGCUGGCAGAAGCAUCUAUACAGCUCAAAAUGUGUGAAAGCUGAUCCGAAACAGUGGGGAGAUUUGAGGAUGCUGUUUGCAGGAUAUAAGAAAGAAAGCUCUAGUGAUGACAAAAGCUCCCCAAAGCCUCAAAAUGUUACUUUGAUAAAUGAACAGUUGCUGAAUAAGUUUCAUUCAAAACAGUCCCAGCAGACAGAUUCUUGUUACACAAAGAGAUUCAUACAGCCAGAAUUCCUGGAGCCAAUGCAAUGUCUCACUUUUGAAGAAAUUAGCAAGCUAAACACACCUGUGAAAAAAACAUUGCAUCAGUCAGCUCUGAAAUGUGCAGUCACAGACCAAAUCACAAUGGUGGAUGACUCAUGUGAUAGUGAAACACAAGGCGUGCUUAUGUGCUCAGAGUCUGAGUUCAGACAGUUUUCUGUUGUCACUGGUGGGAAUUACAUACAUGACCAUUCAUUAAGGCAACAACAGAACCUACCUUUCAACCCAGAGAGUAUUCCCUUAGGUAUAUUUGAGCAGUGGGAAAAUAUUUUAAAUAUGCACCUACCUUUUAGCAGCUAUGCCCCUGUAUUUGAAGAUAUUGCAUGCCUAUCCAGUGAAGCCAGUAAUAGUAAUGACAUGCAAAGUGACAUAGAAGAAAUUAUUUGAUUUUCAUAUCACCCAUAUAGAUUUAACAAAGGUUUCAUCUGGAUAGUCUAACUGUUGCACAUUUUAGAAUUU